UCCAGGCAGCUGCUGCCUGGUUUCCAUUGCCUGUCCUGUGACCGGCCCCUCAACAUGCUGGCGCCUGGACCGGAGCGGACGGGCGAGUGCAGAUACCCCACUGUUCCGCGGAGCUGCGGGGGCCCACACACCGUCACGCCCCCGCGCUUCCAGCCCCAACCGCCCAGCACCCCACGGCCGUCCCCAUCCAGCGCCCGCCGCCCCAACAAGAAGGACGCGAUGCAGCUGUCGGGCCAGGACGGCACUGACGGGAAGCGGCAGGACGAGCAGCUCUCCAUGAUGGGGGGCUCUCAGCUGCCCACAACACCAACGGCCACCCCAGAGACCUCGACCUCGAGGAGCCAGAAAAGCACCGCCUCCCCGCUGCUGUUAGCCGUGCUGAAGCGCCGACCAGCCUCAUCUCCCGGACGCCUCACCCAGGCACCGAAGCUGCUGCCGCCCAUCCAGCCCCCCCGCAGCGAAACAACCCCCUGACAGCCGGGCAGGACGGGGGUCCCGGCCCCGGUCCCACCGCCCCGGGCGCUGAGCAGGCAGCGGCUGCAAUAAAUGGCGAUGGGCAACCAA